AUGUCUCAAGAACAAGUAAUUGAGGAGAUCCAGGAGGAAGAUGACUCUAGACCCAAGCCAAAAAUGUUUGCACCAAACAUGGCUGUGCCGAAGCUGCCCGAGGGGGAUAAAGUCGACUUUGAUGACAUCCACAGGAAGCGUCAGGAGAAGGACUUGGCUGAGCUGCACUCUCUGAUUGAGGCGCACUUCAUCCAGAGGAAGAAGGAUGAAGAAGACCUCAUCACUCUGGUUAACAGGAUCGAAAAACGGCGUGCAGAGAGAGCUGAGCAGCAGAGGGUCCGCACCGAGCAGGAGAAGGAGAGGCAGAUCCGCCUUGCUGAGGAGAAGGAGAGGAAGGAGCAAGAGGAGGCGCGCAAGAAGCAGGAUGAGGAUGCCAAGAAGAAAAAGGCUCUUACAAACAUGACCCAGCAGUAUGGUGGCGUCCAGCAGAGGCAAGAUGGCAAGAAGGGAGCAAAGAAGCAGACGGAGAGAGAAAAGAAGAGGAAGAUCUUGUCAGAUAGGAGGAAGACUCUUAUCAUUGACCAUCUCAAUGAUGACAAACUCAAGGAGAAGGCCAGUGAGCUGUGGCAGUGGUUGAUGGAGCUGGAGGCCGAGAAGUUUGACCUUGGCGAGAAACUGAAACAUCAGAAAUACGAUAUCACUCAGCUACUGGCUCGUGUUCAUGACCAUCAGAGUGCCAAAGGCAGAGGCAAGGCCAAGGGCAGGCUGAGAUAAGGAUGGACGUCUCCCGGCACUCUCCAAGCAGACGGCUGAAGAUGGUCAACGGCGGCAGUGUCGUUUACUUAUCGGACGUUCAAACUAUGAAAUAGUGUUACAAUGGCUUGCU